CUGUCAUUGUCUGCACACACGUGACAUGCCUGGGAUUGGAUUCGGUGGGAGACACAUAAAGGCGUCCAUUACAUUGUCAUUCAUUGUCUGCACACACAUGGCGCCCAAGACAUGUCUCUUAUCCCAUGGGACGGGGGGAGUGUCAUGACACCGUGUGUGCCUGCCGUGCACGGCCGGCGAAACACUUACAUGUAUACACAGGUAGGAGGGAGGGGUAAUAGCUAGUAGCUAGCUAGUGGUCAUCAAUUGCACUGCACGACAGACACAAAAAACACCACACCACCGCAAACAAACAAAACACAGCCAGCCAGCUAGCUGCGAUGGAUGAGUCAGAUGCAUUCUUACACUUGAUCGCACACACAACACAACACAUGCACAUCGACCCAUUGAUAUCAGGUCGACAUCAAUGUCAGCUUACAUACGUGAUAGAUAUGAAUGUACUCCAUGUACGUCUGCACACUUGUCUGUCUGUCUGUCUGUCGGCCAGCCCCUCCACUCCAUUUUCAGAGUGCGCAGACAGGACAGGCAGCAGAGGAAGGAACCCAUAGACAGCCCCCCACCCUCCCACUCACCCAGUCCCCCAUCGCCUCCCUCUAGCUAGCUAUCUGUUCUUGCCCUUGCCCUUGCCCUCUUCAUGUGAGAGUGCCGUGACCUCCAGCACCUCACCCUUGCCGUCGUCGGUCUUCUCCCCCUGAUUCCUGCCCUCCACCCACACCUCCCCGAGAAAGCCUUCCACAUAGCCUUUCUCGUCGUCAUCGAGUGGCGGCACAGAGCAGAUGCCCUCGGUCUUCUCGGUGUCCACUGCCCGAGUGGAGAUGUCACCGUAGUGCAGGAGGGUGUCGGGGAUUGACGAGUCUAUCAGGUCGCCGAAGAUGUUGUCGCACGACACGAGGCCAGCGAUCUUGGUGUCGUCAAGGAGGUACGAGAAGAGCUUUAUCUGAGAGAGGAACAUGAUUGAGACAGGGAAGGGAGAGUGAUUCUGUGUGGAAAAGGGUGGAGGGUGUGCGUGUUGUCUGUCGUGCCUGCGCCAUUUCUCCGAUCAUGGUCUUGUGUGGGUAGAUUCGGCCGUUGAAUCGGUACUCGGUCGAGUGCCCGAUCGUCAAAAUGCCGAAGCGGCGGACCUUCUCACCCAUCUGCAAAACAACACACACACACACACACACCCCACAUACCAUCGUAUCGUGUCCCUUUGUGUGCUGCGCGUCGCGUCCUGACGACCGCACCCACCGCGAUGAUGGUUGUGGCCAUCUUGUCUCCGUUGAGGUACACACUGGUCCUUCCCGUGCUGCUCUGCCAUGACACGGUCAGGUGCUUCCAGCAGCCGCCCCGCGCACACCAGUUCUUCUCAUCCGGGAAAAAAUUGUGGAACAGAAAAAUCUGGUCCGCAACAGACACCUGACCACACACACACACACACAGGCAUCCACACAUUCACAUACCGCCACCGGGUGUGUCGUCGGUGUGUGUGUGCUCACCUCAAGGUCUCUGCCGACUGCCCUGAUGAGCAUUUCGAGCUGCCUGCCGGGCUGGCCGGGGAUGCCGUAGCCGAGGAAUGGCUGGACGGCCUCUGUGGGGGUGGGGUGUUGGGAGAGGGGGAUGAUGUUGAGCCAAGCCGAGAAGGUGAACUGGGUGAGCUGCGGGAACCCCAGGCUGAGACUGCACGUCUGCCUCGUCUCAAUGCGGCUGGUGAGGGAGGGGGGGCUGGGGAACUUGUAAACCAGACCUGACCAACGAAACAGCAGCACACGUCACGCCUGAUCCAUCAAAAAUCGGUGUCAUUCAUGUGGCUCUCCCUGUGUUCGAUCACCCACCCUUUUCCGCCUCGAGGAAUCGCACCGAGUCGAUCAUCAUGGCGGCGCCCGUGUCGUUCUCCGCGGCAUCGGUGAUUUGUGCGAGCGGCAGGACGUCGAUGUGCAGAUAGAGGACCGGGGGAAGCUCCGGGGGGAUGGGCCGCCCGUCGUGCUCACUGUCAGUGGCUCCGGCGGCAGGGAUGACCUCGUAGCCCUGGUUGCGGGGCUUGGUGGGGGAGCUGAUCGGGGCCGCGAACAGGGUCUCGCCGUACAGCUGAUGGUUCAAGCUCAGACGGAUCUGACGGACGGACCACACAAACGGUUGUGUUGUGUACCGUACGCUGGGCCUCUGAGUGUUGUGUGGGGUAAAUACCCCGAGAGGCGAGUAGUCGAUGCCUAUGGUCAUGAAGUCCUCGUCCGCCUCCUGUGAGGAGUCCCCAUUGAAGGCACGCAGCUCGCCAGCGGUGAACAGGCGGCUGUUGGCAAUCAUCGGGGACUUGUCCGCCGCAGAACCCCUCUCCCACCUGCCAUUCAUGAUCCACAGCACAGCAGUGGCACACCCACCAAGCCCAUGGGUGACGAUUCCUACGCCCAUUGGGUCUCAUCUCAUUCCCCUCUCACUUGAGGAUCUUGUAUCUCAUUUUGCCGUCGGUGGCAUUCUUGCCGUCUCCUGUGGUGGCCAUCAGCACCCCAAUCUCGUACUGGUCGCCAUCCAGCUUCUCGGGUUUAGUCGAAUCUUUGCCCUUGCCCUUGCCCUUGCCCUCGCCCUUGUCGAAUCUGUCCAUCGAUGAGGGGUAAGGCGACGCCCAUAUCGACUGGAACAGCGUCGCGUUGGCGGACUUGGCCAGCUUCAUGCGCAACUCCAGAUGGCCGAAGCCCAGAAUGGGCUUGGUGGAUGACAUCCGCACCCCCUGGGUGCCUUCUGCCAUGAUGGCCACCUGCACAGAAUCCUCCUCCCUGCCCUCGGGCACGAACUUGAGCACACCAUUGUCCACCUCGGCCGCAACCUGGGUGGCAGGCUUGUCCUCAGCCUCGUCGGAUGCGAGCGGGCAGCCGACCGUGAGGGCGCUCUUGUGCCUCUUGAGCACAGCGUCGGCCGAACCGGCCUGGCUGCAGUCGAGGUGAGGGACCUUCUCGCCCCUGGCCGCCUUGGCCAUGUCGGUCAUGGUGCCCCCGCCCUUGACGAUUGGCGUCAGAGUCCACCGAUCACUGUCCAGCUCAUCGCCCUCAAAGUCGUCCCGCCACACGGUGGUGUAGCCGGGGAAAUCUUCCCCCUUGGCACCUGCGAAACAAACAGCACAAACAAGCAAUCAGGUGGUGGUCGCCUCGAGAGUGAUUCGAAAGGCAGGCUAGCCAGAUUCACCUGGACAUUUGCCGCCCGUGUCUGUGCCACAAGACUGCUGCGCACGUGAUGGUCCAGCACUGAGCGCAAGGAGCAGCAGCGAUGCGGCAGCAAGCGGCCUCCUCAGACGCAGUGUAGGCAUUGUACGGCAAAGGGAAGAACCCCCCCAGGUCGCCUCUUGCUCACCGCACUGCCUAUCUCAGCAUCGCUCGCUCCCUUGAUACGCACGCACUUCUCACCUCCUGCGCGGUUUUCGCCCUUUUCUUUUCG